AUGUCCCUGGGCAAAGUCAUGGUGGAAAAGACUCUGGAAAAUAUACCUCUGGAAGUUGUUUCCGAAAUAUUCACCCAAUGCGACGGCACAUCUCUUUCCCGACUAUGUGCCACUUCGAAACGGCUCCGUGAUAUCAUUCAUGUAUACCUCCCCCACAAGUAUUAUGGCGCAUUAUGCACCGAGCACUUGCCUUUCCGACGUUUUGACGCCAGGUACGUACCCAAGCAGCCAAAAGAGUGGGUGAAUGAGUGCAGUAAGCUCUUCGACUGUCUCAACGGGUUGAACAAGCCUAUUCCUUUCUGCUUUGAUGAGUAUGUCUCUAUCUGGACAACAUCCAAGUUGCUAAUUCAGAGUCACGAGGAGCUGGCAGAGACUCCCGACAAAUACGAGGUUUCGGUGGCCGAUGUUGUUCCUGAGACUCCACAGGAGGUCGAGGAUAACGAGAGUGGUCAGGAGGACGACGAAGGAUCCAUGUCAAGUGAUGAUAAUGACACCACACAACCAGAGCCCAGAAGACUGUACACGGAUCCACAUAAAAGGCUGCAUUUUGUGCAUCAUGAGUGGUUACCACAGAAUUCAACGCCUCUAAAUGAUUCUGUUCCCUGUCGUCAAAAGUCCUGGUAUACCGGUGGACCUCCAUACACCAUAGGAGGACGCAUGGAGUGGAUUGACUCUGAUGGAGACAUUUUGAAACACUAUGGUUUGGAUCUCAGAACAGGAGAGGCGAGUAUUGAGAAGCAGUGGGACUUUAGGAAAUUCACCGAGCUGUUUGUGCAUCCUCGUGACAGACCAAUCAUGAUCUCACCAGAGGGAGAUAUUGUCGCGGAGGUACUAUACAAUGGAGCCUAUCUUGUCAACUUCACCAAAGGCUGGUAUUAUUACUUUUUGGAAGGAGUGCUACACAGAGUCAGGGGUCAUGUUCGCCAGUCCAGCAGAGCACCCAUAGCCGAAGGACUAAUAGACACUCAUGGUACCAACGGUCUUCAUGUAUGGCCGUUAUCUGACAGGUUUCUGUUCAUCAAGCUGGAGGGAGGCUCCAUGUGGUGUGUGCAUUUAGUUGAUUGGGAAACUGGACUGUGGCAUUUCAUGAUGGAGUCGGAAGACACUCGAGUAGUCAUCUUGUAUCCCAGCUACUCAGGCAUCAUUUAUGUUCAUGGGCGAAACGACUACGUGGUGGGACUCAUGCCCAAAUUCAGCGCCGACUACACGAACCUCACGUGGUACGAGGUUUCACGGAAUUAUGGGAUGCAGAAUACUCAGUCGUACUAUUCUCUGCUGUUCGACUUUAACUACGUUCCUGAUACUCUCACAGGUCGGUUUGCGUGGGGACUGGACCGCAUUGUUGAUUUUGAGAGUGUCACUGCGGAGGUAGCACAGGGGGACUCGUAUGCCAUGGUCCUCAACAACGAGGACGGAAAGGUAUACUGCUAUGUGUUUCUCUACCACUUCACCAGGAGCGCCAUAAAGUUCAUCAGGGAGGAUCUUGCGGAGGCUGAUGGGUCCAUCACGCUGGAUAUCAACCGCAUCUUCCAUGAACCUGUUCAAUGA